AUGGUUUCAGAAGGCUUUAAUCUUUUAGACCGGAAAAUUGUUGAUGGUAAUGUUGGUAUUAAAGUUGAUAUUGCUAAAGCUUUUGACACUUUGAAUUGGCAAUUUCUUAUUGAGGUUCUGCACCGGUUUGGCUUUGGUUCUCGAUUUACGGAUUUGAUGCUCAUUUUGCUAAAUUCAGCUCAUUUAUCUAUCUUAAUUAAUGGUUCUCCACAUGGUUUUUUUUCUUGCACCAAGGGUGUGCGACAAGGGGAUCCACUUUCUCCAAUCUUAUUUUGCAUUGCCGAGGAGGCUUUAAGUCGGGGUCUCACUGCUCUUUUCUCUUCUAAGAAAGUCAGGUCUAUCUCAUUACCUCGUGGUUGCUCUCUCACUCAUGUUCUCUAUGCAGAUGAUCUUUUUAUCUUUUGUAGAGGGGAUACUAAAUCCCUUCGGCAAUUGCAAUCUUUCUUGGAUAACUAUGGUGCAGCCUCCGGUCAGCUUGUUAACAAGGACAAGAGCACAUUUUAUUUGGGGGCCUCUCAUUUUCAUCGUCGGCACCAAGUAAAGAAGAUUUUGGGCUUCAAAUUAGGGACCUCACCUUUUAGCUAUUUGGGAGUUCCAAUUUUUAAGGGCAAACCAUGUCGUAAGCACCUUCAAGCAUUGGUUGAUAAAGCUAAAGCUCGGUUAGCAGGAUGGAAAGGGAAGCUUUUAUCAAUGGCUGGUAGGGUUCAGCUGGUUCAUGAUGUGUUUCAGAGCAUGCUUCUCCACAGUUUCUCUAUUUAUUUAUGGGCUACUUCUCUUUUGAGUCAUCUUUCAGCUUGUGCUAGAAAUUUUAUUUGGUCUGGUGACCUGGCUAUCAGAAAAUUAGUCACUAUUUCUUGGCAACAAGUUUGUACUCCAAGGAAUGAGGCAGGUCUCGACCUUCGCAACCUAAAGGCUCUUUAUACAGCUGGUCUUAUAAGUUUGGCCUGGCAAACUCUAUUACAAAGCUCUUCAUGGGGUUCCUUUGCUUGUAGGCGUUUCACUAUUUUUCGUCAUAUGAAGUUUCAGUAUUUUACUUCAUCUGUUUGGCAUGGGCUCAAACGAGUGCUUCCUCUUCUUUUUGAACACUCUAGAUGGAUUAUUGGAGACGGAAAUUCUAUUUUAUUUUGGUCAGACAAAUGGUUGCACUCUUCUAUUAUUCAGCAGCUAAAUAUGGGUUCUUUGUCUCAUUUGUUAAAUUCUCGUGUUGCUGAUUUUAUCUGGGACCAACAAUGGGCCUUGCCUUCUCACUUCUCUAAUUUAUUUCCAGAUUGUGCUAAGCAGAUUCUUGAGAUCCCCUUGCCGAAUACUCCAGAGAGUGAUAUUCUUAUAUGGGAACAUUCCUCCUCUGGUAUUUUCUCCUUUUCAGAUGGUUAUGAGUUAGUUCGCCCCUAUUUUGAGAAGUUGGAUUGGGCUUCUAGUGUUUGGCAUAGUUUCAUCCCUCCUCGUUAUUCCGUUCUUGCAUGGAGAAUUUUUCAUCUCAAGCUGCCGACUGAUGAUCAACUUCAGCGUCGUGGCAUUCCAUUUGUCUCAGUAUGUCAGCUUUGCUCUUUUAGUCAUACGGAGGAUAUCCCGCACUUAUUUGUUAAUUGCUCUUUUGCUCAACAUAUUUGGCAAUGGCUUGCUUAUUAUUUUGGCACUUCCUUGCCGUCAUCUGGAUCCCUUAAUGAUCUUUGGAGCUCUGUCACAGGUAAAGCUUUUUCUCCACAACUUAAAAAUAUUUGGUUUGCCAGUUGUCUCUUUGCUCUUAUGGCUAUCUGGAAGUCUCAUAACAAGCUUCGGUUUGAUAAUAAGCAGCCCUCUCUUAUGCGAGUUUUUAGAUCUGUUAAGGCUUGGGUUCGUUAUAUUGCUCCUUAUACACCUGGUUGUGUUCGUGGUGUUUUGGAUUCCAAAGUUCUUUCUAGCAUGGGUGUGAUUCUUGUUCUCAAAUGUCAAAGUGCUCUUCGUAUUGUGUUAUGGCAUCCUCCUCUCAUUCCUUGGCUCAAGCUGAAUACUAAUGGUUUCUCCAAGGGAAACCCCGGCCUUGCUGGUUGUGGGGGAGUGUUUAGGGACAGCUUCGGUCGUUUAAUUGGUGGUUAUUGUCAAGGCUUGGGAACUCAAACUACUUUCUUUGUGGAACUUAUGACUGUUAUUUUAGGUGUUGAGUUUGCUUUUCACUUUGGCUGGCAUCACAUAUGGUUGGAGAGUGAUUCUACAACAAUACUUCAAUGUAUUUCUUCUUCCUCUUUUGCUCCUCCUUGGUCUCAGCGAAUUGCCUAG